AUGUUAACAUUUAAAUGGAAAGGCAAAGCAUCAAUGUGGAAUCAUUACCAAAGUAUUCCACUCAUAUGUAUUGGCAAAAAAAUUCCAUUGCUCAGUCGUAAACCAACCGAACCAUUAACAUCUUCAUUACCUGAUGCAAACAACUACAGUAUCACUCUACCAAUGACACGACUAUUUGCUUUGGAUUCGUGGGCUCCAUAUCUUGCACAUUAUCCUGAUGAUCAUCGCCCUCGACGCAGUAAUAAAGAAAGUACCACUCUCAUCUGGCUUGAUUUACAAGCGGAUGACGAGGAUAAAGACGGAGAAUUGAUAGAGCGUCUUCGUACUAUUAAUGAUUUUUCUUUGAUCUAUCACAAUUUAGACGUAUGCUAUGCCUAUGUACAAUCAGUCAAUACAGAAAAAGUUUUGCUUAUUACAUCACAUGCAAUUGCUUCUACAACCCUGCCUACACUCAUUGAUCUUGUUCAGUUGAAUUCAGUCUUUAUUUUUCAUAAUACCGAUAAUGUUACAGAUCCAGGUUCGCAUGCAUAUAGUACCACCACAUCCAAAGUCGUGGGUUCUUUCAAUGAGUGGACAAAUCUUGAAAAAGCUAUCAUGACAACAACCAAAAAGCUUCGCAAACACUUGGAUUUAUUCACUUAUUUGGAUAAAAACCAAAUUUCAGUACUUAAUGUUACUGAACAUCAAGCUGAAUUUCUUUGGUAA